AGGCGAUCUUCACAGAGUCCAAUUAGCAUGGCGUCCAAGGUGACUGCGGGCCCGACCGUGCUCGUCGCCGUCCUCAGCAUCAUCGGCCUCGCCGGCUUCGUCGCGUACGAGUACAUGAAGGCGGCCGACGACGAAUCCAAGAAGAAGACCAAGUCCCGCUCCAUCACGAUGGUCAAGGCCGCGACGACGCCCAAGCUGCAGGCCAACUCGCCGCGCAAGGCGCAGUCGCCCAUGGCAUAG